GCCUGUCACUAUUUAUAUGUUUACUAAAAAAAAUAAUGUAGUAGUCUAUGGAGCGAUGGCUGUCAUCGAGUUUUAUUUUACUAUCAUAGAAAAUAAGAAGAGAAGCUUUGAGUGCACAUAAAAUGAACAUAUUUUCGUGAAUCAUGUACAUGUUUUAUAACUUCCCUUUAGGUAUAAGUGAAAUAAUCAUAUAUCUGUAUUUAGAACCAUUAGUGAUGUUUAGUGAAAAAGCUUGUUAAGUUCCGACGAUGGCGUCCGAUGGUGAAAUUUCGUGUGCGAAUGAUCCUAAUUUCGCUGUUAUUUACUCAUUUCUGAAAACAUUUGGUAAACUGUAUGGCUUGGAGGUUCCUACAAUAUCUAAAUUACAAGAACUCAUAGAAAAUACACAAGAAGUGUUGGAUCCAUUGAAGGAGUUACACUUGAGACUACUGCGCCGUGCUCAUAAAACGGUGGCUAGCAACAGAUGGGAGAGGUUUAUGAUAAAGUUUUGCCAUCAACAAGGUCAUCACCAGGAAGCCUGGGAGAUCGAAAGGUUUUCUUACAAGAAAGCUAGUACUCAGGUCAAAUUGAAAGUAUUAAAGUUGUUACUUGAGUACCAAUUUACUUGCCAUCCAAAAUUCAAGAAUGCUGUCAAUGCAAUAUCAUGUAAGGAGUUAAGGUUGGAUCCCAUUGGCAGAGAUAAGAAUGGUUGUGUAUAUUGGCUGCAAGUGGACCAUGAGGCCAAUCUCUGUUUGUAUAAAGAGGAUCAGGAUGAGGAGACAUGGCAACUAGUAGCUAGGACUCGGGAAGAAUUGGUCAAAGUAAUAUCACAAUUGAAAAGUGGUGAGGAAGUGUCUCCACUGUUUGGGACUACCACAAAUGUCAAUGAAGACUCCAACAGUGCGGAGGUUCCACCACAGUUGGAGACAAACAAAUCUGAAGGUGAUGGUGAAGUGGAAAAUGAAGAGGAGUUCCUAAGUCCUGAAUCAGAAUCGGAACAUGAAGCUGAUGAACAGAAAGUUGAAGAACAUCCCUUACCAGAAAAAGUGGAAGAAAAAGCGGAAGAGCCUAUUAGUAACACAGAAGAAAAAGAAGAGCUAGAGGAAGAAACUAAGGAAAAAGAAGUUGCUGAGAGUGAAGAAACUGAUGAUCCAGAAACAAAAACGGUAGAGGAACAAGAACCAGAAACAAAACCUGAACCAGAACCUGUAACAACUGAGGAAGAGAAAUUAGAGGUGGAAAGUGAACCAGCAAAAAGUCCUGAAAGAGUAAAGUCACCAAAAAUAUCUGAAGAAAAUAAAGAAGAAAUAACAGACGAAAAGGCAAUUGAAGAACCAUCAGAAACUGAAGAUCUACCAUCACCAGCUAAAGAAAGCAAAGAAAAUGCAAGUGAAAAACUUAAUGAAGGUGAAGUAGGCGAAGCUAUUGAAGAACCAGUAAUGCUGGUCACUGGUGAGGGAAAUGGUGCGGACUGCGAUAGUUCCUAUAUAAUUGGCGAAGAAAUUUCAGAACCCGUCAUGUUUUUUUAUGGGGAAGGUUGGGGGUAUGACAAUGACACUGGUAACCCCGAAACUAUAGAGCAAGCUCAUAGCCCUGAAGAAAAUUCUACUGAGGAAAAUGGCAAUGAAGAGUGUCUUAAUGGUGAACAUCCUCAUGAACUUUCAAAUGCAAGCAAUAAAAAUAAUUUAGUUAAAAAUAUUAAAUUAAAAAGUAAUGUACCUACUGUGACGAAAAGAACUUUAAUAAAUCAGUCCAAUGAUGAUGAUGAUAGCACAGAGGUAUUAAAUACUGAUUCUAAAAAACAUUGCGUCCGUGACGUAGAUCAAUCGGAUGGUUCCAAUUCUAAUUCUAAUAAAAAUACGGAAAAUGAAUUAAAAAGAGAAGCUAGUAAUGAUAAAAGUACUACAGAUAGUGAAAGUCCUAAAAAGAAUAAUGCUAAGAAAGGGAGGGGUAAAGUUAAGAAGAAAAGCAAUGUAGCCAGGAAUUUAAACUUAAACAAAAGUACAGAAGUAGUUAACUCAGAGACUGAUAAUUGUCAUGAUAGUAAAACAAGUAUUAUUGAAAAGAGAAAGAGUAGUGUGUCCUCCGUGGAUCAAGAUGAUACUGUGAAUACAGAGAAUGAACAUGAGAAAAGUCCUGACAAAGAGUUAAAAGUAGAAGACCCUUUACCUCCAAAGAAGUUAAGGUUAGAAACCACACCUGAAAGUGAUGUAAACACACAUUCCAAUGAAACAGCCGAUAAUGUAGAGAACAGUGAAACUAAGAAAGACAAUUUGAACAAUGUUGAAGGCAAUGCUAUAGCGCAAAGAAAGAAAAUAAAGGCACAAAAAGGGAAGUUUAAAAGAAAAAAGGUUGUCAAAAAGGAUGAUGAAGAGGUAGAUAAGAACAGUGACAAAGAAACAAAUGACAAUGGCAAGAAAGAGUGCAAAUCUUUAAAAAGGUCUCUAUUAGAUGCUACUAUGAGUGAUAAGAAUAAAUCUGAAUCUCAAAGCGAAAGUGAAGAUGAUGAACCUAUUACAAGCGGCAAACGUCUUAAAAUUAAACCUAAGAAAAUUAUUACUUCUACCAGGAAAAAAGUGGAAGCCAAACUUCUAGAGAAACAUUCAAGUGACGAAUCUGAGGAAGAGACUCUCUAUAGUAUAGCUGGCAAGAAAACUACAAAGAAACUAGUUAAAAAGAAGGCAAAAGGGAAGUCUGAUAAGGGAAAAGCAAGCAAUGAUAAAGGCAAGAGCGGUAGGGGGCGUGGUGGGUCGGACGAUUCUGACGUCGCACCGAUACGGCAGUCGCGGCGGAUCGCGCAGAUGAAGAUCAAGGAGGAAGCUGAUCGAAGACAUUUGGAGGAAGUCGCGCUAAGGGAACUCAAGAAGAUUCAUAAGAAAAAGAACAAAGAAGAAGAAGAUGGUGAAGAGGAAUGGCGCGCUAGUGGAGCGAGCAGCUCCGACGGGGAGCGGCGGCGGCGCAAGUCGCAGUGGCGCUCCGACCACUCCACGGGGCCCGAACCUGACUCCGACUCCGAUGAACCACUCUUCGAGUUGCAUGAUGAGCCUGAACUUGUUUUCAACAAAUCUGACCAUGAAUUUUCACCGGAAUCCGACUUGGAGAGCGGCGAACCCGUCGGACCUCUUAAACGAGCUCGUACUUUACAAGAAAGUAAAGAAGACGCGGACGGUUUCUGCAAGCGCUGCGGCAGCGGGGAGCAGCCGGAGUGGAUCCUGCUGUGUGACCAGUGCGACGCGGGGUACCACGCCAGCUGUCUCAAACCUGUACUUUUCCUCGUGCCCGAGGGCGACUGGUUCUGUCCGCCUUGUAACCAUGACAUGUUAAUAGCAUCGCUAGAAGCGGAACUAGUGAAGUAUGACGAGCUGGUCGUCACAGUGGAAGCGGAGAGAGAACGGAAGAGGCUUGAGGAACCUGAACCUAAGAGUGAGAAGGAGACAGAGGAUGAAAAGGAAGCUCAGAAAGAAGAUGAUGAAGAGGAUAAAUCUAGUGAGGCGAGCGGUAGCAGCGACUGGUCGUCGACGUCGUCGGAGGGCGCCGUGUACAGACUGCGCGCCCGCAGGCAGCUCCCCGUCAGCUACCGCAGCCAGGAGUACGACCGACUCAUCAGCUCCGCCAUCAAGGAGGAGUAUGUAGAAGCUACGACAAGCGCGGGAAACCAGGGUCGAGGCAAGGACAUAUCAACUAUCAUCGAGGCAGCUGAAGAAGAAAAGAUGAAAGCGGAACGAGAAGCUUUGGAACAGGGAAAACCCAUUGAGAGAAAAACUAAGAAGAAGCAACGUCGAAAGCCGAGGAAGCUGAACUCGCUGGAGGUACCUUCAGAGGACGACGACGAGACUGAUGAGGACUUCAAAGAUACUGGUGCUUUAAGUAUGGAGUCGUCUUCCGAAGACAUAUCGUCGUCGAAUGACCGAGGCAGUUCCAGUGAUUCAAGGUCUUCAGACUCGCUGCCUAUCCGACGGACGUGCAGGUCUGAUAAGAAAGGCGAACGUACGAAACUGACCGAAUCUUCGCCCGAAGUAAAGAAGAAGAAGAAAGGACAGUUCGACGACAGUUCCAGUGAAUCAGCCGGCGCCAAGGAAUGGUCAUCCAAAUCUAAGUCAAAAUCAAAACCUCGACCUCCAAAGGUGAAGCGGCGUGAUAAAUCAAAGAAGAGACGUAAGCGCAGUGGUUUAACGCAGUACGAUGCGGAAGGUAACGUGAUCCGUGCCCGGGUCACGUACGGGGGCCUUAGUGGAGAUGACGGGGUCAACGAUUGGUCCCCGAAACAUAGGACGAGACAGAAGAAGAUUAAUUAUACUGAGAUGCCUAAUACUGAGUCUGAGGAUGAAAUGCACAAAUCAAGCGGCAAACACAUGCCAGACAGCUCAGAUGAGUAUAAAAUAGACACAGAUGCUACAACCGACUCCGAUGAUGAACGGGCUAAACGCAAGAAGGCAGAAGAGGAAGAAUUAGACCAGUCUAGCGAAGAGAAGAGGAAGGCUCUCAGUGACUUGAUCAAAAAGACCGCUGUGGUGCCACUUGAGAAGUUGCCUGAAGAUGUCACUAAGGCCAAGACUGAGGAAUUACAAGCACAUCUCAAUGCCCAAGCAGCUUUGAACGCGAGGCCAGCGCGUGGCAGAGGUAGCAGAGGCGGGCGAGGCAGCAGGGGCCCGCGCGGAGGUCGAGGUCGCGGCGGGGGCCCGAGCUCGGGGCCCAGCACUCCGGGGGACGCACCCGCUAGCGACGACGCACUUGCCAAACUUAUUGGAGUCAAAAUUAAAGAUCUCAGAACGGACGGCUCACCAAUGAAACCUAAUCAAGUGGAAAGGGAGAAGAAGCGACAAGAACGCGAAGCGAAGCGAGCCGAGCGUGAAGCAAAGAAAGUAGAAAGAUUACAAAAGAAAGAAGAAAAAGAAAAAAUGAAAGAAAUGAAGGCGAAAGAACGGGAAGAGAAACGACUUGCGCGACUAGCGAUGCAAGAAAACAAGAGAAUUAAGAAAGAGAAAAUGGAGUUCCCUGUGGGUCCUCCUAUGUCGUACGGUGGGCCGGGUGGACCCGGUGUUCCAAUUGGACCUGGUGGGCCUAUUGGGCCUGGUGGGCCAGGCGGACCGGGGCCAAGGCCACAUGGCUUUGGACCUUCGCCGCAUAUGCCUAAUGAUUUCCAUGAACAACCGCGGUUUCCUACUACACCUAGGCUACAGGUGCGUGCCGAGCUUCGCGGGGUACUGACUGGGGAGGAACGACAACAUGCUCGCCCCGACCACGUCGCCGCCCUCAGGGAAGGUACGCUUUCAGUAGCUGGAUCGCCGCAGCCGUUCAAGCCGAUCACGGAGGAGCCCAGUAUUAUUACACGGAUGCCGCAUAUGAUUAAUCAACAAUACAGAGGCCCGAUGAUGUACGGCGGCGGCGCGUCGUACGGGUCGCGCGGCGCGGGCGGCGCCAUGUACCCGCUGGCGCACUACUACCCGCACGUGCGGCCCCACGCCGGGUACCCCGCGCGCCCCUACCCCGCCACCUCGCCCGCACCCAACCUCAGGGGACAUCCCAUGCCGCACGGCCCGCCCUCGGCCGCCCACGGGCCCAUGCCUGUCGGCCACGGACCUCCUACCAGCACUCACGGACCCUCAGGCCACGCUGGACCCUCUCCUCCCGGUCAUGGCCCUCCUCCCGGCCACGGACCGCCCCCCGGUCAUGGCCUACCUCCUCCAGGUCACGGUCCACCACUCGGGCACGGCCCAUCUCCUGGUCAUGGACCUUCACCAGGACACGGACCUCCUCCCGGCCACGGCCCCACUCCCCCUGGUCACGGCCUCCCGCCACACGGGCCGCCGCACCCUGGCCACGGACCGCUCGGCUUACAUCGACCGCACGCACCCGGCCCUCCCAGUGCGAUGCCUCCCACUUCCAGCCCACAUGGACUACCGAACCCAGGCCUGUCAGGCCCAGGCGGACCGCUCGCUGUACUUCGCGGUAUGGCGCCAGGUUUAGUGGGUCCUCUCGCUGGAGCACUACAAGGUCGAGAUCCUCCUUCCGCAUCACCAUCGGCUCCCCCACGGUCUACGCCACCAUCAGAACAUGAGCCGCCUGUGCGGAUUAAGGCAGAGGUUAAAACUGAACCAGAAUAUAAUUCUCCUGCUGGAUCACCAGCAAGGGAACCCACCCCGCCACGUGACGAGCCACCCAGACAUCCCAAAAUAAAACAUACGGAGAACAAAGACCGACGACCGAGGUUCCCUCUCGGGCCGUACGCCCCACAGUAUGGACCUUACGGUCCUUAUGCGCCAGGUCCUGGGCCCGCAGAUCGUCCAGGGCCGCCUGGACCCCGAGGGCCUCCUCCUUUACAUAAUCCUUAUGCAGCUGAAGCACGACCUCGGAGCCCCGCGUCUUCAGAGCGACCACAAUCUCUGGAAAGGCCUCAUUCAUUAGAAAGGCCACACUCGUUAGAGUCGCCCGCCCACGGGCCCCCUGGACAUGGCCCACCCACGCACGGGCCGCCUUCACACGGGCCCCCUACCCACGGGCAGGCAUCGCAUGGCCCUGCAUCGCUCGGGCUGCCAACACACGGGCCACCUACGCAUGGGCCGCCAGUGCACGGCCCUCCUACACACGGUCCACCACCGCAUGGCCCUCCAGCGCACGGGCCUCCUCCUCAUGGGCCGCCAGGGCAGGGACAUGCUACACAUGGGCCUCCUACUCACGGCCCCCCAGGCCACGGCGCCCCACCUACACACGGGCCGCCAACGCUCGGUCCCCCAGCGCACGGAGGUCCCCAUGGUCCAGUGCCGCCGGCCCCCCCCGGGCCGGGUUUCCUACCCGCACACUUGCGGCCGAUGUUGCGUCCGCCGGCCUACGUGGGGGUGUCGGCGGGGCGCGGCAGCCCAGUGGGCGCGCCGUUCGCGCCGCAGUUCACCGAAGUGUCGCGGACGUCCCCGGCCGCGCGGGACGAGCUGGCCGCCGCGCCCCUGCUCGCUGUGAAGACAGAGGCAGGCGUCGCUCCCCCGCGUGCGGGGCUGCCCGACGCGGAAGGGGCGGAGGGGGGCUCGGUGUUCGGGGGCCUGGUUAGCUACUUCUCCAGUCAGCACGAGGACGACAUGGACGCGUGACGGGGCCCAUCGGGCGCUGUACAUACUGAUACCGAGCGAUAGAUAAUUAUAUUUAUGCGCCGCACGUCGCGGCUCGCCCUGUACGAUAUUAUGUGUUAGCGUAGGAGAUUUAGUUUAGCGAUAGGAAGUAAAUAUUAUAUAUUUUGAGUCUUUUUGGUCUCGAAUAGGCGAAUGUAUUAUUAUUUUGGUUAUGUUUAAGUGAGAUUUAUUUAUAUACGACCGAUAGGUACUUACAGUAUACUCUGAAUACGAAUUUUAUUAAAGAGAUCGAUGACAUUUUUUUUGAAAAAAUAAAUGUUUUCUCCUACAAGUAACGUGUUUUAUUUGUACAAUCAUUUCACAUUUCAUUAAGUCUUAUAUCUGUGUUAUAAUUAGGAAUGCAUCAACGAUCCAAUAGCAUUUAUACGAUUUACCAAAAAUAAAGUAUGUUAUAAUAUAAAUAUUUAUUAUUUUUUAUCGAUAUCGGAUGCAUCACUAAUAUACAUUGCGGUGUCAUUAUAAUAAUAUUUAUCCGUAUGUAUCAAUACAUAAAAAUAAAACCGAGCUGUAAUUAAAUACUUUAUUUCCGAGGUCUUCCAGCAACUUUUUUACUACCCGCUGCUGUUUUGUUUUUGCCACCGAAUGACAGAGGUUGUUCUGGAAAGAAAAAUGAUUAUAAGUAAUUACGUUUAGAUGAACUAUCCGCAGUCUGAUAUUGC